AUGUCACAUUAUUUUAAGCCUUCAAUGAUGCCAAAAGAUGAGUCAACAUCCAACUUUGAUGAACUUAGGUGGGUGAUUAAAAUCCGUGAAAUCCUUGAUGAAGAUCUAGAUUAUGGUGAUGAGUUAUCUGUAUCAAUCUUUAAUGUUCCUAAGACCCUUAUGGCCAUUCAUCAAGAUUCAUAUAUUCCUCAACAAGUUGCAAUUGGACCUUACCACUAUUGGCGCCAAGAGCUAUAUGAAAUGGAGAGGUACAAGCUUGCGGCCGCGAAACGGUUCCAAAAUCAGCUGCAAAGCCUUAAAUUGGAGCACAUUGUUGUCCAAUUGAUAAGGUUUGAACAUAGGAUUCGCGGGUGCUACCAUAAGUACUUGAAUGUUAAUGGCGAAACGUUGGCGUGGAUGAUGGUAGUUGAUGCUGCAUUCUUGUUAGAGUUUCUUCAAAUUUUUGCUAACCAUGAUGGAACAAUGACAAUAGGAGUUUCUUCAAGAAUGUCUCACUUGUUGGAUUAUGCAGGUAGAAAAUUAGCUCACAAUGCAAUCUUGAAGGAUAUUGUGAUGCUUGAAAAUCAAAUCCCAUUAUUUGUAUUGAGAAAGAUGUUGGAGUUCAAAUUCUCAUCACUAGAGUUAGCAGAUGACAUGCUAUUUUCCAUGUUCAUAGGAUUGUUUAAAGAUCUUUCGCCUUUUUCGCCCAUGGAGGAGGAGGACUAUCCCCAAAUCCUUGUCUCAGAAUGUGCACAUCUUCUAGAUUUUUUGUAUGAGAUGAUUGUGCCUAAAUUGGAAGAACAAUCCGAUCCAGCAGAAUCAGAGGAUCGACAUAAAGAUGGCGAGCACCACGAAAAUUCGUUAGUGAACUAUGCUAAGCAAUUUCUAUUUGGGGUUUGGAAAAUGGUUUCAACAUUGGUUGAAGCAUCAAUAAGUUGUAUCAAAAUGUUCCUAACAUGUAGAACCAUGAAAGUGAUCUUUAGGGUGCCUUGGACAAUCAUUUCUAACCUACCCGGAUUCGGAAUCAUAAAGCAACCAGUUGAGUACUUGUUCUUUAAUCAAGACAAAGAACCAACAAAAAAAGAAGAAAAUGGUAAUUUAAGUUCAAAUAAUAUCACCAACAAGUCACCCUUAAUGGAAGAAAUCACAAUUCCAUCGGUCACAGAACUCGCGAAAUCCGGGGUUAGUUUCAUUGCUGCUAAUGGAAACAUAUCAACCAUUAGAUUUGAUGUUAAAACAAAAACACUCUAUCUUCCAAAAGUUGGUUUGGACAUAAACACUGAAGUGUUGUUAAGAAACUUGGUUGCUUAUGAGGCAUCAAAUUCAUCAGGGCCAUUGAUUUUUACACGUUACACUGAAUUGAUGAAUGGGAUCAUAGACACUGAGGAAGAUGUAAAGAUCCUUAGAGAAAAAGGGGUGAUUUUGAAUCACUUAAAGAGUGAUGAAGAGGUGGCAAACUUGUGGAAUGGGAUGAGUAAGUCCAUUAAGUUGACAAGGGUGCCAUUAUUGGAUAAGGCCAUUGAAGAUGUUAAUCAGUAUUAUAAUGGUAGAGUUAGUAUUAAGGUUUGGAAAUUUGUGAAGGUCUAUGUGUUUGGUUCAUGGCAGUUUCUUACAUUCCUUGCAGCAAUAUUCCUCUUGUUCUUGAUCUCCUUGCAAGUCUUUUUCACUUUCUAUAAAUUCAUAAAAGCAUGA